AUUGUCCUGUGGGCGUAGCCCUUGUGCACCUCACAGCCGGCAAAAUGGCGCUUUCACAGAAGGAGCAGGAUAUUCAGAUGAUGCUGGCGGCCCAGUGCCACCUGGGCACCAAGAACUGCCACUACCAGAUGGAGAGGUACAUGUACCGCCGUCGCCAGGAUGGCAUUUACAUCAUUAACCUGGAGAAGACCUAUGAGAAGCUGCAGAUGGCUGCGCGCGUUAUCGUGGCCAUUGAGAACCCGCAGGACAUCUGCGUUCUGUCCGCCCGCCCUUACGGCCAGCGCGCGGUGUUUAAGUUUGCUCAAUACCUGGGGUGCAAGUCCAUGGCGGGCCGCCACACCCCUGGUACCUUCACUAACCAAAUUCAGAAGGCGUUCGAGGAGCCGCGGCUGCUCAUCCUCACCGACCCCCGCACCGACCACCAGCCGGUGAAGGAGUCGUCCUACAUGAACAUCCCCACCAUCGCCUUCUGCGACACGGAUAGCCCGCUCACCUAUGUGGAUGUGGCUAUCCCGGCUAACAACAAGGGCAAGCACUCGAUCGGUGUGCUGUACUGGCUGUUGGCGCGCAUGGUCUUGGAGAUGCGCGAGCAGGUCACCCCGGCCAACCCCUGGAACGUGAUGGUGGACCUGUUCUUCUACAGGGAGCCCGAGGAGACGAAGGAGGGUGGUGAGGACGAGGCGUACGAGGGCGAGGCCUACGCCCUGCCUGCGCCGGUGGGAGCCACGGAGACCUGGGGCGAGGCCCCCGUUGCGGCGCCGGACGCUGCCGCCCCCGGCUACGCUGUGGACGCUGGUGGCUUCGAGGCCGCUGCUGGCUUCGAGGCGGCUGCCCCCCCGCCAAUGGCUGGCUACGUCGCUCCCGAGGCUUUCGGUGGUGCCUUCUAGACGGCUCAUGUGGUUCAGCUCGAAGGACUGUGGCACAUAGAAGCGCACUUCGACCAACGCCCCUUUGGCUGUUGUGGGCGUUCAGAGGUGGCCUGGGAGAGAGAGCUGUAACUGUGAAAACUAAUUUGAGUG